GACUUGGUUCGUUAGGAGCAGGUGUGUAUCAUAAUCAUCAGGUGAGUAUAAAUGUGACUCACCUGUCAGGUGUGCGCAGCUUCAACGUCUUACUGAAGGUGACAUCAUGGCGACCCAGGCCGAGUUUGAGCACGCGGCUGAGGAGGCGGGGCUCUAUGUGUGGCGGGUGGAGACCUUGGAGCUGGUUCCUGUUCCUGAGAGUCUUUACGGGAGCUUCUACUGCGGCGACGCCUACCUGGUCCUCCGCACCCUGCCACGUGAGCGCCACCUGCGGCGCCACCUGCACUACUGGCAAGGUGCCGAGUGCUCCCAGGACGAGGCGGCGGCCGCCGCCAUCUUGACAGUCCAGCUGGACGACUUCCUGGGGGGGUCGGCGGUCCAGUACCGUGAAGUCCAGAGCCACGAGUCCGCCACUUUCGCCGGCUACUUCAAAACGGGACUCAAGUACUUGGCGGGGGGCGUGGCUUCUGGCUUUCGACACGUGGAGAUGGCCGUGGACGCGCCGAGGCUGCUGCAGGUCAAAGGUCGGCGCGUGGUCCGGGCAACCGAAGUCCCGGUCGGCUGGGAGAGCUUCAACCGAGGGGACACCUUCAUCCUGGACCUGGGGCAGGAUGUGGUCCAGUGGUCCGGUUCCCGUAGCAACCCCUUUGAGAGGCUGAAGGCCACCAUGCUCUCCAAGGAUAUCCGCGACAACGAGCAUUGUGGGCGGGGCCAGCUGCUGAUCUGCGAGGAAGGGGAGGAAGAUGAGAAGAUGCUGGAGGUGCUCGGAAAGAAGCCGGAGCUGCCGCGGGCGCACCUUGACGACGCCAAGAUGGACGCCCGCAACAGGAAACGGGCAAAACUCUUCAAGGUGUCCAACGCAGACGGCGACUUGGACGUCACCAUGGUUGCUGAAGUCAGCCCGUUCUCCCAGAACGCCUUGCGGUCCAGCGACUGUUUCCUCCUGGACAACGGAACCAACGGAGACAUCUACGUGUGGAAAGGCAAGGGAGCCAACACCCAGGAGCGUCUUGCCGCUCUUAGAACUUCAGAAGAGUUUAUCAAGAAGAUGAACUACCCAACCCACACCAAGGUCCAGGUUCUUCCUGAGUACGGGGAGACGCCGCUCUUUAAGCAGUUCUUCCAGGACUGGAGCGAUCCCGACAACACCGCUAGCAAUGGAAUGUCUUGCGUGUCCAACCAGAUUGCACCGCUUGAAAAGGUCCAGUUUGACGUGACUUCUUUCUACGGGUCAGAGGCCAUGGCGGCACGAUACGGAAUGUUGGACGCAGGCGACGGAGGCAAACAGGUGUGGCGCAUUGAGGGGUGUGACAAAGUGGCGGUGGACUGCUCAGCCAUUGGUCAGUUUUACGGGGGAGACAUUUACCUCAUCUUGUAUCAGUACCAGCACAACCAGCGAGGAGGCCACAUCAUCUACAUCUGGCAAGGGGCGGAGUCUAGUCAAGAUGAGCGUACCGCCGCUGCCAUUUUGGCUGUUGAGAUGGAUGACGAACUGGGGGGAGGUGCUGUGCAGGUGCGUGUUGUCCAGGGAAAAGAGCCCGCACACUUCAUAAGCCUGUUUCACGGCCAACCAAUGGUGGUCUACAAGGGUGGGACAUCCCGACUCGAGGGCCAAACGCAGGUGGCGGACACUCGCCUGUUCCAAGUCCGAGCCAACGUUGCCGGUGACACCAGAGCUGUAGAGGUCCAUCCGUCCGCCUCCAGUCUGAACUCGAACCACGCCUUCCUUCUGGAGGCAUCUCCCACAUGUUGGAUAUGGAGAGGGGUCAACAGCAGCUCGGCCGAAGUCCGUGGCGCAGAACUUCUUUCUGAACUCCUGCAGAGGACUCCCAUCACGUUGGAGGAAGGCGGGGAGGAAGAGGAUUUCUGGACUGCAAUGGGUGGGCCGGGUGAUUAUUGUCGGGCUCCCCGUCGGAAAAACCAGACGGAUGCUCACCCUCCUCGCCUGUUUGCCUGCUCCAACAGGACUGGAAACUUCUCGAUGGAGGAAGUUCCAGGUGAGCUGACGCAGGAGGACCUGGCUCCUGAUGAUGUCAUGGUCUUGGACACCUGGGACCAGGUUUUCGUUUGGAUUGGAAAGGAUUCACGCAAUCAAGAGAAAAGGGAGGCCGUAGCGACAGCUUCAAGGUACAUGGAGAGCGACCCGGCCCAGAGAGACCCUGGCACUCCCAUUGUGACGGUGAAACAGGGAUUGGAACCGCCCACCUUCAGCGGCUGGUUCCUGGGCUGGGACCAUGAGUACUGGACCACAGACCCCUUGGAGCGAGUCAUGGAGGCGCUGCAGGCGUGAUCAUGUGACCAUGACAUCACUAACUAAAAUAAAUACUUCCUGUUUGCAAA